GCUGACUUGUUGGAAAGGUUGGAAAGGGGAGUUAUGAAAGGGCACAGUGAAGGAGAAAUGAACUUUAGGCAGAGUUGGGUUUGAUUGGAAGUCUUGCAGAUUUUCUGUAAAACUGAUUUGCAGAAGAUACUAGUAGUGAGUCAUGGUGAAGUUGUGAGGUCAGCACAGGAACAGAUGGUGAAAUCUGAGGGGUAAAUAUAAGAGCAGAGAAAACAGAGAUGGGAGAGAAUCAAAUUAGGAGUGGAGGUUAUGCUUCAAUAUGUACAAAAAUCUUGAAAUUAGCAUCCUGAAAUGCAGAUAUUUUUGGUGUCAGGUACUGUGGUGUUAUAAAGACAGGUGGUGAGGAAGAGUGCCAUAUCUAGCAGAACUUUGCUAUCAGUUCAGUGAAUUAAUUUAAGGUUCAUUUAGAGGAAGACUGACUAUGUCAUCUACUUUAUCUGGAGUUUGUUUAUCAAGUCUGCUGCCUGCAGUUUAGCACCUAAUGAUUCCACUUAAUUUGUGUUUGCUGCAAGCUGGGUACUGUAAACACUGCCACAGAAUUAAAUGAGAAGUUUAAUAAGAAAUAUACAUUGACAAAUCAAUAUUUUUCUGUUUCAAGUGAUUUCUGUGAACAUCCAUGGAAGAAUAAAAGGAUUUGAAAGCUACAUCCUUGAGAAAUUUGUGUAGUUUUUGUUACACAGAGAAAUGCUGAAGUUUCAAGAAACUGCUAAGCAUGUCACUGUUGCCAGAUUUAAUUCUGCUUGCUCAGAUGCUGUGAUUGCAAGAAGAUACACUAUUCAGAGGAAACUUGGCAAUGGAAGCUUUGGAAGUGUGUAUUUGGUUAAUGACAAAAAAGCAAAACAAGGAGAAGAAUUAAAGGUCCUAAAGGAAAUCUCUGUUGGAAACCUAAAGCCUAAUGAAACAGUUGAAGCAAAUCUGGAAGCACAACUACUCUCCAAAUUAGACCAUCCAGCCAUUGUCAAAUUUUAUGCAAGCUUUGUGGAGCGAGAUAGUUUCUGCAUUAUCACUGAGUAUUGUGAGGGUGGAGAUCUAGACUGUAAAAUUCAAGAGUACAGAGAUUCUGGGAAGAUGUUCACUCAAAGUCAAGUAAUAGACUGGUUUAUACAGUUGUUACUUGGAGUCAACUAUAUGCAUGAAAGACGGAUACUUCACAGGGAUUUGAAAGCCAAGAAUAUAUUUUUGAAAGAUAAUCUUCUUAAAAUUGGAGACUUUGGAGUUUCUUGUCUUUUGAUGGGUUCAUGUGAUCUUGCAACUACUUUUACUGGGACACCAUACUACAUGAGUCCAGAAGUACUGAAGCACCAGGGAUAUAAUACAAAAUCUGACAUUUGGUCUCUGGGAUGCAUUUUGUAUGAGAUGUGCUGUAUGAACCAUGCAUUUACUGGACAGAAUUUUUUGUCUGUUGUGUUAAAAAUUGUUGAAGGUGAAACACCUUCUCUUCCUGACAGAUAUCCAAGCAAACUGAAUGCUGUGCUAUGCAGCAUGUUAAGUAAGGAUCCUGCAUUGAGACCAGCAGCAGCAGAGAUCCUAAAGUCCCCUUAUAUUGAUGAACAAUUACAGAAAAUACAGUACAAUUUCACAAACAUGACUGUGAAAGACAAGGCACUUAACUGUCACAAAGAAUCUGCUCCUAUUUUUGGUGCUGUGCAGCUGGCAGAAGAAAAAUACCAAGAAAAUAUCAAAAGAAUGCAAGAAUUCAGGUCCCGUAAUUUUCAGCAGCUAAAUGUCAAUGUCCUUCAUGAAUCUGCUGAGCAGACUUCAAAACACCUCAUUCAUUCUCAGCCAGCCACUAUGGGCAACUAUGUGUCCACAGGCCAGGAUGAACCAAGAGGGAAUGGGACAACUGAACUUGGCAUGUCUGAACUUACAGACCAUGAGAUCCCUGAAGACCCAGAAAUUGCAGAAGAAUAUUAUAAAGAUGAGUUUGAAUCCUGUUCAGAAGACAGUGAAGAGGAGGCAGAUGCAGAAUUGUCAUGGACAGUCUCUAAGACAAAUCACCAGGACAGUGAUAUGGAGGCAAUGGUUGAGUAUUUGGAGAGUGUCCUGAAUAGCAGCUCAUUGGGCUCGAGGACUGUCACCAGAGUGUCUCCAGGGGAGCCCCAGGGAUUCAGAGCUCUCAACAGCACAAUGGCUGAGACCAAGCUGAAACGCAUGAGGGAAUCUGCCAUUGGGAAGCUGGGAGUGGAGGCAUUUGAGGCAGUGUACAGCUGCCUCAAGCAAGCGAGACAGCAGAAUGCCAGUGAGGAGGAGCUCAGGAGCUGUCUGGAGAAACUGGUUUCCAGAGCAAGUGAUUGCUUCGAAGUGGAUCAGCUGCUGUACUUCGAGGAGCAGCUCCAGGCUUUAGAGCCACAUCUCCAGCUGUAACAGUGUGUCUGCAGCAGCUGGGAAUGGCACCAGGGGGAAGGGGCCUCCUUCAGGCCAGCAGGCAAGUACAGGAAUAUUGCCAGCUGGGGGGCAAAUCACCAACAGGAUGGGACUGCUAAGGAACACAUCUCAAGCUGUUUUGUUUUCCAGCAUCAGUCUCAUUACAUGGUUAUGACUAUGGGAAGAUGCCAGCAGCUCACAUCUCAGGCAGCAGACAAAGAACUUAAUGUUACAACUUACUUUAUAAGUUUUUUAACCAAUCACACAAAGCAAAAGCAUAUUGACAGUAGUUCUAUCCGACCACUAUAAGCACAUGUACCUUCAGUUAAAACAAUGCUUGCUUAUUUAGAAUACAAUACUUGCUUGUAAACCUUAAAACACAAUGCACAGAGCUCUAUUAUUAAGCUUAGAACUUUAUAACAUCUGGCCAGAUAUACUUUUCUGUAGCUUAGGGAGUUAUUCUAGACAAGCAUUAAUACACAGACCAUUGUUCUAUUUGUCCUUACUUUUCUACUUCUAAUAUAAUUUUGCUGCUGACCAAUCUUAUGGCUACUGCUUAGCUGUAAUUGCAGUUCUGCUGUCUUUGAGGCCUGCCUUUUGCAGCUUUUCCAAACCCCUCUGAUUUUAAAGAUUCCCACCAGGAGGUAUUUGGAGGACAUGGCUGAGGGUAAUGUAGUACCUAAGCAUGUAGGUAAGCUCCAUUUGAGAGUCCAGAAUGCAGUGAGAUGUGGAUAAAUAUGGCACUAAUUUUAGGGGCAGGAAGAAGAACAAAUGUUUGUGACAGUGGAGAGAGGAUUCACGGUUACCUGUGUCCCCUUCUUCUAGCACUUAAAACAAAGGAAGGGUGUUCUGGGCUGUGGCUGGAUGCCAGUCCUGCAAUCAGAGCAUCACUGGCAAAGCUGCCAUUGAUGGAAUGAUGCAGGAUUAGACUCCAGCUGCUGUUGAUUUUUGUGCUAACUCAUACUUGUGAUAUUUAUGCCUAUAAUUUUUGUAAUUUGGCAGAUUUACUCUUAAACAUAUAUAUAUAUAAUGUAUGGCCACUCAGCCCCUAAUUGUCUUGUUAUUAUUGAUUGUUCAAAAAGGCUGCAUUUAAUCUGAGCUUCAAAGGAACUGUGGACAUACUUAUGUAUGUGCAUAUUUAUAUACAUAUAUGCAUGCUCUCAUACACAGAGAUAGGUGUGUAUAUUUAUAAUGGCAGGAGUAUGUCUGGUCA